UUCUAUUUCAUCAUGUUAGGGAACUAUGUAUAAGUGCGCUGCAGUACAUCUAUUUAGUUAUACACUCUACACAUGGAUAAUAUAGAGAUAUAUUCAUCACAUAGGCCUUCUGGACUACGGUUAGAGCGUAUAGAAUCUCCAUUUUAUCGUGAUGAUCAUGUAUCGAGUGAAUUGGCUGUUGAGACAGAAUGUUACGCUUGGCGUAUAUCGGAUACUCAAACGUCGAAAAAGGAUAUUGUAACCAAAUCAAAAGGCAAUCCACUUGUUGCUAAAUCGGUCAAUAUACCCAUUUUAUUAGAUAGAUUGCGCGAAUCUCGAUAUGAGCGGUUGUUCACUGCGUUGUCUUCGCGUUUACAACGCGCUGCUACAUUAUGGCGCCAGUCGGCAUUACAAGAUAUAUGCGACGAUCGUUAUAUGACUGCAGGUACAAACGUCAUUAACGUUUGUAUUGACACUGUUAUGGCCCGUAUAAUUGGCAUAUGUCUUGGUGAUCGUUUAACGGAAUUGCCCUGUGGCUUUUGGUUUUCGGCUUCAGAUCCAUUUUUAAUAAAUAGCUUUUGCAAACAGUUGUGCCGUAAUGCUUACUGGUUCAGUGAUAAUGCAUUUUAUAAAGACCGUGAUCGCCGCAUAUACACUUUGGACGUAUCGCGUGGUACUGGUACUCCUCGAAGAUCUGUAUGUUACGAUCUUUCCGGUCACGUUCGGUGUUUUUGCAAAAUAUGUACAGACAUUGUUGCGUUACUGCGUCGUGAUGCUGUUCUAGAGAACGAUCCAUUUGUAUCUUUUUCAUCGUUGAUAUAUGACAUUUUGGAAAAUCAUUUGAUAGAGCUAUUGCAGUUUUUGGAUCACAAUUCUAAUGAUGCUAACAUAGAGCAUCAGUUGCUUUUGAUUUCAGUUGACGCAUAUAUAUCCCGCCAAAAACUCUGCCACACAUUGUCUAGCUGGUCUAAGAAUCCAUCAUCUAUAUCCACUGUGGUGAUUGAUAAUUUUGACAACACGGAUCCAGAAACAGUUGCUGACGCUUGUUUAACUGACUGCGGUUGUUUCGCAGUAGUUACUGGUCUGGAUUCCUUGAUAAACCACGACGUUGCCCAUCGAGAUGUGAGUACAUAUUCCAUUGUGGUUGAUCUUUUACGCGAUUACAGUACGAUGUGGUCUGAGUACAAUUUACCGGUGUAUUUAAUAUACUGUCAUGAUGUAGGUAAUCAUUUGAGUUCUCCCGUUCGUGAUAUAUUUUACGAUUUAUCAAGUAGUAGUUACGAGGGACCUACUGAGCUGUACAUGCUACACCGUGUAUCGUAUUUUCGUUACCACGUGGUCUUAUCGCAUAUAUCGGAAUGCGUUGACGUUUGGGUGAAGCGAAUUUUGUUGAGUCACUUAGGUUGGGGUACCAGUGACCUUGAGGUAUCUGUGCUAGACAAUUUGGUUGCUAUGACCAGUGGAUAUGACAGAGAUAGCUUGGAGACUUUAAUCCACAUUGCAGCUUGCGAGUAUGUAUCGGAAUUUGGACAUGACAAUUUGUCGAUUACUUUCUCUGACCCCGUUGUUACUUUACGCUGUUUUGAACGUGCAAUAUCUGCACGUGAGCCAUCAAGGCUAUCUAUUGGCGUUCCUAACAUUUCAGUGAUACCUUACAAUACAGGCCACCAAUUUAAUGGAUUUGCUCCACUUAAACAAACAGAUUCAGGUCAUAUAGUCACCUCUAGCGGGUUUGACUCAAUCGUGUUGUGUGACACAUUAAAGUCUCGUUUGGACCUAAUGAUCUCCGGGAGUCAAUCGCACUCACUAUCGCCAUUUAUUUGUAUAGAGGGCCCAUCGGGUUAUGGUAAAACCCAUCUUGCAAUAUGCAUGUCACACGAGUUCAAGGCUACUUUGAUACAUGUAAAUAUACCUAGUUUCAUUCGUUCCGAAGUCAGUUUAUCUGAGCGUCUAAUGAAUCAGUUUUUUUCUUCUCUAAAGAUGCAAUUCCCUUUUGUAUCAUCGCAAGAAGGUUCUACCCCGCCACCACCUCGGUGCGUUGUGGUUUUGGAGAAUUGCGAGUGCCUUUCUGAGAGCACUUUAUACAUUCGCAGUCUUCUUUAUGCCCUUUGUACUGAAUUAUCACAUUUCCGUGAUCAUUGGGAAUGGUCAUUUAGUAGAAGCGUGCUGUUUGUAUUUACGUGUGAGUCAUUCGAUCGUAUUCCGGAGCGUAUCAGGGAGAUUUGCGAUUUCAAGGAAGUCAUAAGACUGGAUCAAUCAGUAUUUGGUCUGGGUGAGAUUAGGCGUUGUUUUGAGCUUUACUUGGGCCACCGUGGCUCGUUAUUGGAUCGUUUCACUCAGCUUUGGCCAUCGUGGUGUCAGGAUAUUGGAGUCUCAAGUCUUCGUCCAUGUGAUAUAGUACUAAUAUGCCGUACUGCUGCCAUGUGGUCAGUGAGUGGUAUAUCUGUGCUGGAUACCGAUAGCGUAAAAUUAAGUGCCAUGUCUUCUGCGCUGUGCGCCACUGUAGAUCCCUAAUGUAUUGUGUUCUAGGAUAAGAGUAAUCCAUGUUCAUAUGAACGGUAUCUAGAUUUUAAACUGGCCGGCGAU